GAGUCCUGUGGUCAUCUGGUGGGCAGAGACUCCGUCUGAUGUUUCGCUUUCGUCCCAGUGAGGAGAGGAUCUCUGCAACCGAUCGCGCUCUUCUGCGGCUGUGAGCUGAAGGAACUUGAGGAAGGAAGCUCCGAGCAGCUGCUGCUUUAACUUUUUCACAGUACUCCCUCCCUCCCUCCCGAUCUAUUUGCGCUUGUGCGAAGAUUUAGAAGAAUUCUAGGGAAUGGCGACGACAGCCUGUUUUAUCAUCGUCAGCAGGAAUGAUAUCCCUAUUUACGAAGCUGAAGUCGGAUCUACUGUCAAAAGGGAAGAUGCUGCACACUUGCAUCAGUUCAUACUGCAUGCAGCACAAGAUAUUGUACAGGACCUUGCCUGGACUACGAGUGCAAUGUUUCUGAAAGCAAUAGACAGAUUUAAUGAUCUUGUGGUUUCAGUUUAUGUUACAGCAGGCCAUACACGAUUUAUGCUCCUCCAUGACUCUCGUAAUGACGAUGGAAUUAAGAGCUUCUUCCAAGAGGUUCAUGAGCUCUACAUAAAGACUCUUCUCAAUCCCCUCUAUUUGCCUGGUUCCCGCAUUACAUCUUCUCAUUUUGAUACGAAAGUCCGAGCGCUUGCAAGAAAAUAUCUGUAGAAGCCGUUGCUCGGAAGCUAAUGUCAUGCUGCAGGGAUAUGCUGGCAAGUUUCUUCAGCCUUCAUGAGCUCCUCUUGCAAUAUUUUGAUUCUUUUGGAAGUCUUCCAAUGGCUGCUGCUGAUUAUUUUCCUAAAACAUUCUGAACAUGCUGUUUUCCCAGCUAUAUGGUUGCAGUUUUCCUGCACCAGUAUUAGAGAUUGUAAGCGUGUGCCAUUCCAUUCAGGCACCAUGUAGUCUUUGAGUUCUUUUUUUUUUUGGAUGUUUUGGCUGUUAUGGGACAUUGAGCAUCAUUAUAUAUGUUAAAGAGAACUAUAAGCUCCUCAUA